UAUUCAUAUCCAAGACAAUGCCCAAGUCAUUUUUGCUUCGACGUCAUUUUAAACAGGAAUGGAAUUACAGACAAGAGGAUUGUCCCACUCACGGUAGGAACUAGUUGAAACAUUUUUAUUUGAGCUUUCGAAAACGUAAAAUAAUGGGAAAUAUUUUAAUUUCAAGUCGAAUCAUUUUAAGUCUUAAUUUUGUUCAUUCGUAGGACCUUUACAGUUUGAUAGUUGGGAUGGAUUUCCUCUAAAGUCAGAGACGUUGCCUCGGAGGUAUACUUUUCUGCGGCAAAAUACUAUCAGGGAACUUGGCUCACAAUUGCAUGGAAAAUAUCCUGACGAGAGACGAAACCAAGCUGAAUUAUUCACUGCUGGCCGAGGGAGGUACAUGACUGAUAUGAAGCCAAAUCAAAGUCUGCGAGACAUCGAAUUAAAUUCAACCAGCCCUGGAGACUAUACACAAACCACAGAAUACACCAGUACAGAAGCAAGGGACAAAACGCGAUCGGUCAAAAUCCAUAAAAGGGCUCCGCAGCAAGCCAAUGAAGAAGCAAAACAGCAGCGUGAAGCCUCCAAGAAGCUGUCUCCCUCACACAACAGUUCGACGAGUAAGCAGCCCUACAAGUGCGAUCAGUGCGGCAAGAUUUUCAAAACCAAGUACACGUUAACCAUCCACCUGAAGAUGCCUUCCCACACUGGCGCCAAGCCGUUUGUGUGCGCCAUAUGUGGAAAGGGUUUCCGCUUAUCCAGCACGCUCUGUCGGCAUAAAAUCAUUCAUACAUCUGAAAAACCUCACAAGUGUCACAUCUGCGACAAGGCCUUUAAUCGCUCAUCCACCCUGAAGACUCACGUUCGCACGCACAGCGAGUUCAAAGAAUUCGUCUGCGACAUCUGUGGCAAAGGUUUCCAUCAAAAAGGCAAUUUGCGCAAUCACGUCCUCAUCCACACAGGAGAGAAACCAUAUCACUGCAAUCUUUGCGAGAAAGCAUUUAACAAGCUUUCCAAUCUGAAAUUCCACAUGCACAUCCACACAGACAAUGCACCGUACCGCUGCCGUUUCUGCAAGACUUGUUUCACCAGGCGCUGCGAUCUCAAGCUCCACAUUGCCGAGUGCAACGGACAAAAUUAA